AUUAUUUUGCAGAUCCAAUCAAAACCAAACAAAUUGUAUUAUUUGUGAAAAGACAUUCAAUUAGAAGAAGAGAUGAUGAGAAUGGCAACAAAUAUGAGUGAUGAACAACUCCCAGUUGUGAAGUUUUGUUCACAGAAUUUGAAGAGUGGAACCGAGGAAUGGGUUUCCACAACGAAGAAAGUUCGGGAAGCUCUUGAGGAAUAUGGUUGUUUCGUAGCAUUAUACGACACCGUUUCAGCAGAAGUAAGUUCCAAUAUGUUUGAUUCUUUAAAAGAGUUGUUUGAUGAAGUUCCUUUGGAGAGGAAGCUUCAGAAUGUUUCUGAGAAGCCAUACCAUGGCUACUUUGGUCAAAACCCUCUAAUGCCCAUCCAUGAAAGUAUGGGAAUCGAACACCCCAUUCUCCCCACCAAUAUCAACUCUUUCACUAAUCUCAUGUGGCCUUCUCGUGGAAACCACUCUUUCCGUGAGAAUGUGACAGCGUAUGCGAAUUUGGUAUCGGAAUUGGAUAAAAGGGUGAAAAGCAUGGUGUUUGAAAGCUAUGGGGUUGGGAAUGCAUUAAGAAGCCAUAUGGAAUCCACAAAAUAUCUUAUGAGAAUGAUAAAAUACCGAGUCCCAAAGGAAAAAGAGAUGAAUUUGGGAGCAUUUCCUCAUACUGAUAAGAGCUUUCUCACAAUUCUUCACCAAAACGAAGUAAAUGGUUUACAGAUCAAAACAAGAGAUAACAAAUGGAUUCAAUAUCAUCCUUUUUCUUCUUCUUCGACCUCAUCUUUCAUUGUCAUGGCUGGAGAUGCUUUCUUUGCAUGGAGCAAUGGCAGGAUCUACUCACCACCACACAGAGUGAUAAUGAGUGGAAACAAAGAGAGAUAUUCAGUUGGAUUGUUUUCAUUCAACAAUGGAAUUGUUCAAAUUCCUAAAGAAUUGGUUGAUGACAAACAUCCACAAUUGUUUAAACCCUUUGAUCAUCAAGACUAUCUUCGUUUCUAUAGCACCGAGAGAGGCCAAAAUUCUCCCUGUGCCAUCAAAGCUUACUGUGGAGUCGGAAAUAGCCUCGUUGAUACGGAUACUCGGAGCCCUCUUCUCUUACAUUGAUAAAUAAAUUCAUCGGUAAUCCAUAUUAGUUUAUAACUGUAGUUCGUUUAAAAUGACUAAUUUUAAGUACUUAAAAAGUCAUUCUAAACAAAUAGAUAGUCUCAUGUUAAGAAUUUAGGAAGCAUCAUCGUAAAAGAGGAAGUUUUAGUCGUUAGUGGCUUGAAAUGUCCAUUUUCAUAUGCCUUUCUUGUUAUGUGUAUAAGAUUACGAAAGUGUGUAAAAUUAACAUUUAUUUGAGAAAGCAAUUCUUGACUCCUCAAA